UUGCAGUGAGGUGCAGCGAUUACUGAGAUGGCAGAUUUGUCGUUGUAUUUAACUAAUGUCAACGUUUCAUUGGGACAAACUAUGGAAGCUGAUAAGUGUACAGGAGGGGCGGAAUUUGAGAGUGUGGAGAUGGGGGACAGUGCAGUGAAGCAGGGGAAGGUGAAGGUUCCCCGCAGAACCAUCUACUUUGCCAGUGGAGAGACCAUGGAGGAGUACAGCACUGAUGAGGAGGAGGAAGAAGAGCAGGCGCCUGUGAAGAAAGAUGUAACUACGGUAGAUCCGUCCAAACUGACCUGGGGUCCUUACUUCUGGUUCCACAUGUGGAGAAUGGCGACCUCCACUGUCUCAGUGUGUGACUACAUGGGAGAAAGGCUGGCCUCACUAUUUGGCAUCACCACUCCGAAGUACCAGUAUGCCAUCGAUGAGUACUACCGCAUAAAGAAGGAGGAGGAGGAGGAAGAGGAGGAGAACCAACUGGCUGAGGAGGCGGAGCGCCGCUUUGCAGAGCAGCGGAGAGGCGAGCAGGAUGAUCACACAUCUCCUCACUCUGCUACUGUGGAGCAACCAGAGGGAUCUGCAGCCUCUUUUGUAAACAUUAGCUUUGAGCUCGAGCCUGAGCCUCCUCUCAGGAGUCCAGACACCAACAGAGUCCCGUCUCCGCUGCCUUCCUGAAAACUGUCACUCACAGACAAGCCUCUAACAUUCACACAUUUCUAUCAGUUGGCAAAACCUUAAUUUACUGAGCUGUAUAAACUAAUAAUAUUGUUAUUUUUGUAUCUUUGUUAUUUUAUUAGAAGAAGAUCUUAGUACACAGUGCAGGGAAAAAUGAAAAGGGCUGUGCAAGUGGCUGCACGAGCCGUACCUGUGAAUGUACGUUGGUGUAUAGUGUGUAGUCGUGUGCAAGACUGGUGGUUGAAUUCUGUCAGUCUGGACCUGGGCUGAACUCCCUCAAAUUGAUAUCAGUUAAGACAGUGAAAUAAAUGCUGGAGUGAUGCUGAGAUUAAUGCUGGAGACACCCAUCUCAGUGUUUUUUUCAUUGAUUAUAAAUGGAUAGAAAUCCAACCCAAACUGAAUAGAACAGAAUUGAGUUGCUAAACAGAAUCCUGUACGAACACAUAUUACAUCUACAGCUGUUGAUCCUGCUACUAUGCAUAUUAAUACGACAUUCAGCAAGUUUUGCUUGAUAGUUUGCACUAGGAAAAUGUUGCACUCUCCAGUUCAACCUGUCACUGCUAUACUACCAUAUCUGGAAUUUAGAAUUAUAUAAAGCCUUAAAAACGUUUCUAAAAUUGUUGAGGACUAACUCGUGGACCUGGAUCCACUUUUACUCACGUUAGAAGCAGUGUAUCAAUAAUAUUAUAUAUUAAGUUUAGUUUUGUUUUAAUUUUAAAAGAGAAGUAUUAAACUAGAUGACUCUGACACAUUUUCACAGAAACCAUAAAGUUAGAGUUUCAUCAAACAGUUUUUUUUAGUCAUUUAUAAGUUCAACACGGUGUCCUAAUGCAUAUGAUGACCCCUGUUCCUCUGUGUGCUACUUGGGUGAACACAUGCAGACUUUUGCUCAUUUCAAUGAAUGGUCCAACACAUGCAGGAGGCUAAUUGAAGAGCUUUACUGUGUAUGCACAGCACUUCAAUAUAUUCGGCUCUGUGUAGAAGAUAUGCCGUCUGAGCUGUGGUGUUUAUUGUAACUACAUUUUCACCCAACACAAUUCAUUUUUGUAGCCCUUGUGGCAAACAUUUGGUGAAGUGACUGGAGAUAUAAAAUGAGACCAUCUUGUCGUCCUCACUGGUACUUUACUUGAUUCUGAUAUCAGUUGUAGUGCCACGUGUCCAUUUAGCUACAUGCCAUAUUGAUGGACCUGUAAUUUGUUGAUGUGUCUUUUGAAGCUGAAAUGCUACCUUCCUUUCUUUAGACCUUGCAGGACUCAGGUACUGUGUUUAGUGUGAGCCAUUUGCCUCCAACAAGAAGCAGUAGUGUGUUGUUAAAUCUGACUUUGACACUAAGCACAAGGAUAAUAUAAUCUACCUUCUGUUCACAUGUAUUUCUGUAGUGAUUGAAGUUUUUUUUGGCAGUAUAGAUUAAACAGUAAUAGUUAAAAUGUGCUAGUAUGUGAUUGUUGAUGUACAUUGGCUAGAUAAGUUGCCCACAUUGUAAAGGUUUCAUUCUUCAAGUGUCCUUGGUUGAGCCAUCCUAAGCUUCUUAUUAAUUAUUUUUAGCUGCUGAUGUGGCUGUGUGCUAUAGGCCUCCUUACAGAGUACAUGUUCAGUCAGAACUGGACCAACUGCAGACUGGAAUUAAAAUGGCAAUUUGUCAGACUGUUAAAUGUUGAGUGUGUUAAUAGGAGUUGGUAGGUAAAUGUCUUACACUGCAGUCGUCAUUGAAGGUUUUUAUGUGUGAAGAAGGUAAACAUAUGCAAAACAUUUGGCUAUUGUAACUGAAACGUUUAAUGAAUCUUUAUAAACAUAUUUAUAUUUUCUUUGUGUUAAUAAAAUUGAUAAAUAUUU